CACGCUGGAGGAGGUGUAAAACGAAAAUGUUCGGCCUUUUGGGUUACACUUGCCUGGCUACAAUUUUGGUCGUAGUGGUCAAUAGCAAAAACACGUCUAAACAUGAAGCAAGGAAACUACCCGACGACUUACUUUUCGGAGCAUCUACGGCGUCGUACCAAAUAGAAGGGGCUUGGAACCUAGACGGUAAAUCUGAAAGUACUUGGGAUCGGUUAUCACACCAUCAACCUUGUGUUAUUCACAACUGUGACACGGGCGAUAUCGCCGCUGAUUCCUAUCAUCAAUACAAGCGAGACGUGGAAAUGAUACGGGAACUAGGCCUCGACUUUUACAGGUUCUCUCUCUCCUGGACGAGAAUAUUACCAACGAGCUUUCCAGAUCAAAUCAAUGAAAAAGGAGUGCAAUAUUACAAUAAUUUGAUAAAUGAGAUGCUCAAAUACAACAUACAACCCAUGGUGACCAUUUAUCACUUUGAUUUACCUCAAAAGUUGCAAGAUCUGGGAGGAUGGAACAAUCCCCAUAUAGUUGAUUGGUUUACCGAUUAUUCAAGAGUAGUUUUUGAGUUGUUUGGAGACAGAGUUAAGUAUUGGAUAUCUUUUAAUGAACCUCGAGAGAUAUGUGCUCAUUCAACCCUAGAACCAGCACUAAGUUCAUCUUAUAGUGUUUCUGGAUAUGCUAAUUACAUGUGUGCCAAAAAUCUGCUAGUAGCACAUGCUAACGUCUACCAUUUGUACAACAAUGAAUUUCGUAAAGUCCAAGGUGGUCAAGUCGGUAUAACAAUAAGUUCCGCGUGGUAUGAACCUGAAUCAGAAAAGGAUAUAGAAGCUGCUGAAGAUAUCAUACAAUUCGAGAUGGGAAUUUAUGCAAAUCCGAUAUUUUCGGAAUCUGGAGAUUAUCCGUCAAUCGUGAAAGAAAGGAUAGCAGCAAAAAGUAAGGAACAAGGAUUUCCAAGAUCACGAUUACCACAAUUCACUCCAGAGGAAGUUGAUUUAAUUAAAGGAAGCUACGACUUCUUUGGGUUGAAUCAUUAUACUACUUAUAUGGUUUAUAGAAAUGAAUCAGUAUAUGGACAUUAUAGUUCUCCAUCUUUUGAUGAUGAUAUCGAAGUGAUAAGUUAUCAAGACGAUUCCUGGGAUUCAGGUGCUUCAUUGUGGAUGAAGCGUGUACCCUGGGGAUUCUAUAAGUUAUUAACAAAAAUACGAGAGGACUACAACAACCCGCCAGUUUUCAUCACUGAGAAUGGAUUCUCAACUCGGGGUGGUUUAAUUGACGACGACCGCAUAAAAUAUUACAGAACAUACAUUGAUGCUAUGCUCGAUGCUAUUGAAGAUGGAUCAGAUAUAAGAGUUUAUGCAGCGUGGAGUUUGAUGGACAAUUUCGAAUGGGUUAUGGGAUACAGUGAACGUUUCGGACUGUACGAGGUGGACUACGAGAGUCCUGAACGCACCCGCACUCCUCGCAAGUCUGCUUACGUGUACAAGGAGAUGCUGCGCACACGAGUACUGGACUAUAGUUAUGAACCUGAUAUGAGCUUGGGAAUGCAUUUCGAUGAUAAUUAAAUGAAUUAAAAUAGGAGUAGAAGAUGUUAAAUAAUUCCAUAAACUGAGUU